UAUUCCACCUAACUGAAACACUGAAAUCUCAAACGUGCACGUGAGUCGGAGUCCGGAUCAGUUCCUCAGCAUACAUAGCCUAACUUUUCAACCAAAAACGUUUUACUUGUACUAAUAAUUUAAGUAAAAACAGUUUUACUUAAAAAGACAGCUUUUAUCAGUCUUUAUAUUCUAUUAAUUUAAAAUUUAUAAAUAUUAUAAAAAUUCAAUUAUUACAAUUAAUAUAUUCCUGUGAGUAAAAUUGAGAAAUGUCUUGGCUACUUGGAUCUCGUUAUCAACAACAACCUCAAGAUUUUUCUCAAUAUGUACAACCACCGGCUUCGGGAGGAGCAGGAAGUGGAGAUUCUGGAGAUCCUCCUUCGAAAAAAACUGCCGGCAUGGAAGCUUAUAGAUUUGAUUCAAGUGCUCUUGAAAGAGCUGCUGCGGCAGCUAAGCAACUCGAAAAAUCUCCUCAUGCUAAAGAAGCUUUAGAAUUGACGAAACUUCAAGAAAUGACAAAACAGCAAGAAGUACAAAGUCAGUUAAAACAAUAUGAAGCUAGCAUAGAACAAUUAAAGCUGGAACAGAAAAAAGUUGAUGGAGAAGAAAGAAGAAAAACUAUUGCUGAAGAAACUAAACAACAUCAGAUGCGUGCUCAAUAUCAAGAUUCCUUAGCUAGAAAACGAUAUGAAGAUCAACUCGCUCAACAACAACGCAUGAACGAUGAGAAUUUACGUCGUCAAGAGGAGUCAGUCGCAAAACAAGAAGCGAUGAGAAAAGCUACGAUAGAGCAUGAAAUGGACUUGAGACACAAAAAUGAAAUGAGAAAAUUAGAAGCUGAAUUAAAGGCCAAGGCAAAGAUAGACCGAGAAAAUCAAGAUCUUAAUUUGGAACAGAUACGAUUGAAAGCAUCAGAAAAUAGAGUUACUGUAUUGGAAUCUAUCAAGACUGCUGGUUCCGUCUUGGGAUCUGGAGCCACAGCAUUGCUUCAAGAUUGGGAUAAAAUCCUUGCUGCUGUAGGUGGUUUAUCACUCCUUGCUUUUGGAGUGUAUUCAGCUAAAGGCUCAACGGGUGUUGCUGCUAGAUAUAUUGAGGCUCGUUUAGGGAAGCCAUCUUUAGUACGAGAAACUUCAAGAUUCUCAGCUUUGGACGCAAUUCGUCAUCCAAUAAAAUUGGCAAAGAAAAUUCAAGAAACUCCAUCUGAUGCUCUAUCAGGGGUAGUUCUAGCUCCAAAAUUAGAAGAAAGACUACGAGACAUUGCCAUAGCUACUAAAAAUACUAAACGAAAUCGUGGAAUGUAUCGAAACAUUUUAAUGCAUGGACCACCGGGUACUGGAAAAACGAUGUUUGCAAAAAAACUUGCACAACAUUCAGGAAUGGAUUAUGCUAUUCUAACUGGAGGUGAUUUAGCGCCAUUAGGUAGAGAUGGUGUGACUGCUAUUCAUAAGGUCUUUGAUUGGGCUUCAACUUCAAGAAAAGGUUUAUUAUUAUUUAUCGAUGAAGCUGAUGCAUUUUUGAGAAAACGUUCAAGUGAACAUAUUUCAGAAGAUCUUAGAGCUAUGCUUAAUGCAUUUCUGUAUAGAACUGGAGAACAGAGUAAUAAAUUUAUGCUUGUACUUGCUUCUAACACACCUGAACAAUUCGAUUGGGCAGUGAAUGAUCGUUUAGAUGAAAUGGUCGAAUUUCAAUUACCAGGUCGUGAUGAACGUGAACGUCUGAUAAGACUUUACUUUGAUAAGUUUGUUCUUCAACCAGCUACUGAAGGCAAAAAACGACUUAAAGUUGCACAAUUUGAUUAUGGUGCACUUUGUAGCAAAAUGGCUGACAUAACUGAAGGUAUGUCUGGAAGAGAAUUAGCUAAACUUGGUGUUGCUUGGCAAGCAGCUGCUUAUGCAUCUGAAGAUGGAGUUCUCACUGAACAAAUGGUUAUUGACAAAUGUAUGGAUGCUGUUAAACAACAUAAACAAAAAGUUCAGUGGCAAAGUGAACAAGAAAAACAAGAAUCUAAAUCAAUUUAUGCUGGAUCUUCAGACAGUAUACAAUCAACUAAUCAAUUAAAAAAUAAAAAGCCACUAUUGGCUAUUGAAGAUACACCGAAAGAAGCCAGUGUAGCAAAUGCUUAAUAUAAUUUUGUACAUAUAACAUGAUUAAUUUUGUUAGUAUACAACUAAAUAUUUUUUUUAUUUACUGAAAAAAAAAAUAAAGUUUAAACUGAAA